AUUGUUUAGAUGUUAUGGAAUACAGACAUGAUUGGUGUAAUUUCAGAUUCACCUUAUCCUUAUUUAGAUAUUUCUUAUUAGGAAUGAUUCCUGAAGUUAUUUUACAUUCUAAAUCUCAAGAUGAAGAACAAGUUAGAGAUCAUUAUGAUAGAGGUGAUGAUUUUUAUACUUGGUUUUUAGGACCAAGAAUGAUUUACACUUCUGGGGUUAUUACCGAUAAUACUAAAGAAGAAAGUUUGGAACAAUUACAAGAUAAUAAAUUAAAGAUUGUUGCCGAUAAAAUUCAAUUAAAAGAAUCUGAUCGUGUAUUAGAUUUAGGUUGUGGUUGGGGUGCUUGGACCACUUAUGGCUCAAGCCAAUUCGGUGCUAACAUUACCGGGUUAACCUUGGGUAAAAAUCAAACUAAAUGGGGUAACACUUUAUUAGAAGAUUAUGGUAUUAGUCAAGAACAAUCUAGAAUUGUUUGUUGUGAUUAUCGUGAUGCUCCAAAAUCAGAUAAAGCAAAUGGUAAAUACGAUAAAAUCACUUGUUUGGAAAUGGCUGAACAUGUUGGUAUUAGAAGAUUCAGUGCUUUCUUAGAACAAGUUUAUGAUGCUUUGGAAGAUGAUGGUUUAUUUUUCUUACAAUACGCCGGUUUAAGAAAAACAUGGCAAUAUGAAGAUUUGGUUUGGGGGUUAUUUAUGAACAAAUAUAUUUUCCCUGGUGCCGACGCUUCCACUCCUCUUUCAUUUGUUGUUAGUGCUUUAGAAUCCGUUGGGUUUGAAGUUGUUUCUUUAGAUAAUAUCGGGGUUUCUUAUAGUGCUACCUUAUGGAGAUGGUAUAGAAAUUGGUUAGGUAACAGAGAAAACGUCAUCAACAAAUACGGUAUUAGAUGGUUUAGAAUCUGGGAAUAUUUCUUAGCUUCUUCCACCAUCACUUCUAGACAAGGGGGUGCUACUUGUUACCAAUUUGUCUUGAGAAAAAACAUCAAUUCUUAUCACAGAGUCAAUUACGUCCCUGCUCAAAAAGGUUUAUUGACUCCUGCUAAAGAAGGUACCCAAUGGGCCAAACAAUUGUAAGCUAUAUCCUAUCUAAUUAAAAUAUAUAGAAUAAUUAUAUACUAACACUUAUAUAAUAAUCGGUUACAUCAGUGAUUAGUUAUACAAGAGUUAUAAAAUUG